AUUUUUCUAACAAACAUGUAUGGCUCAAGGGUGAACUUGUUUAGAUUUCAGAGUUAGAUCUACCCAUUGGAGAGAAAAAAACAGAGAGAGAGAGAGAGAGAGAGAGAAUGGAGGAGGCAAAGGGAUUAGUGAAGCACGUAUUGUUGGCCAAGUUCAAGGACGAUAUUCCACAGGAAAAGAUUGUUGAACUCAUCACUGGUUAUGCAAAACUUGUCAAUCUCAUUGAGCCCAUGAAGGCUUUCCAAUGGGGAACAGAUGUAAGUGCAGAGAACCUGCAUCAAGGAUUCACCCAUGUGUUCGAGUCCACUUUUGAGAGUGUGGAAGGAGUUGCAGAGUAUGUUGCACACCCGGCCCAUGUUGAAUUCUCAAACUUGAUGCUGCCUGCGUUGGACAAGGUCGUUAUUAUUGACUACAAACCCACAUUUGUCAAAUUCUAAAUCAGAAGUGUGAUAUUUCUAUCAUUUCCUUUUGUUAUUAAAGGGAGAUGUACCUACCCAGACUUGGUACUGUUUAAAAGUCACUCUGGGAACCUUGUGUAACUACAAACAUGAGUGUUAUCUUUGAUUGGGCCUUAAUAAAAGUAUAUCCUCCAGAUUCCUAGGUCA